AUGGCAACCCAGACAGCCCUUGCUCUCACCAAGAUAGGCCAACCUCUAACAAAAAUCACGUUGCCCAGACCAGAAAUAGUCGAUGCCAAAGACAUCCUGAUCAAGAUCGCCGCAGUUGGUCUUACUCCUCUAGACUACAAGCUUCGAGACGACGGUUACUUCAACAUUGGUGCCCGCCUCCCAGCGGUAAUAGGUGGUGAUCUCGUCGGUACCGUACUCACAUCUGGUCACGAAGUCUCUUCGUCCUUUCCCGCUGGAGCUACCGUCUUCGCUCAAUGUAAUUUCUUGAACCCCUCGGCUGGAGGCUUGCAAGAAUACACCGUCAUCAAUGGUGAAUACGCUGGCAUUGUACCAGCGAACAUAUCGAUCACAGAGGCAGCCCUAUACCCGAUCAAUGCAAUGACAUCCGCAGUCGCAUUGUUUACGCCCGAUGGGUUCGACUUGCCCUUUCCCGGGACUCCCGAAGCCCAGAGUUUCGAUUACCCCAGUCAGACAGUCGUCAUCAUCGGAGGCGGCUCUAACACGGGUAAAUUGGCCAUACAGCUCGCGCGAAUCGCCGGGAUUGGGACGAUCAUCGCUAUCGCAUCGAAGUCGAAUGAAGAGGUUCUGAAGAGCUACGGCGCGACUCAUGUCAUUGCGCGCCAGGACAAGCAUAUCGAGAAGCAAGUGCGGGAUGUCGUCGGCGACGAUUUGAUUCAUGUGCUUGAUACGAUUAACACCCCUGACCGUACACUUGCCUUGUCGAUGCUGUCGAACACCAAGCAGGGCAUCCUGGCACAUCUCACGCCGGGAAGUAGCAGCGAGGUGUUGCGCGCGCAGAAGGAAGCGGGCGUUAGGGAGAGUGGGGUUCAAGGAUUCUCUCAUCGUUACCCAGAGUUCGGACGUUUGUUCUGGAAGAUUUUCCCCGAGUGGCUGGAGAGUGGCAGGAUCAAGUCUAUCAAUACAAAGUCAUUAAGGGAUUGGAUGCAGACAAGAUCAAUGCUGCGCUUGAUGAGUAUAGGGAUAACAAAGGCGGAGAGCGGUAUCAUGUCAGCAUUGGGUAAACGGCCAUGGCCAACGGAAUAAGGGGCCGUCUUCCAAGGUUAUGUGAUGAUGAGCCUUUUGAUCUUCACUACAGUGUAGCAUACGGAGGCCCUGUGCCGCAGGAGAACAGGUAUAUUGGCAAUGUGGGAAUAUCGGUGAUCUGAAG